AUGCUUCCACCGCAAGUUAUUAGGGGACCGGCCCCUCGAGGCGUUUGCUGGGCCUGGCGUAAAGGUUUCUGCGCCAGAGGCCCGGAUUGUAUCUACCGACACGAAGAAACCUCACAUACUCGGUCCGACAACCGAAUAUGUCGAUGGGAAUACGCCACGAGGUGCCACUCACGCGGAGGUUGUGGCCAGAAACACCUCCAGCUCACCGUUUCUGGAGUUGCAGCGAGGCUAGACUACUUCAGGUCCUUUGGUCGGAGUGGAAAGGACUUGACGCAGCGAGAUCUUGCUGAAUUGCUUCGUGUUGCCAUGGGGCUGUUCGUUGAUGGUGAUCAGGAACUCCGGUUCCUUGUCGUCUCGACUCUCUCAUUUGGGUGGCAUUUGGAACAAAUGAAGCUUUGUUUACACCCAAGCUUCUUGUUCCAGCCCUAUCCUCCACAGAUUAGCUGGCAGGAUCAUGUCGUCCCUCUCUUGCGGAUUAUGUCAGACCCAGUCAACACAAUCCAUGAACCUAGCAUGGAGAGUCUUCGAAAUCUGUACAGAGUCGCUCUUGAUCCUAGGCGUCAUGCCUUCUGGAACCGUGUCAUGAAAUUCAUCGAAGACUCGUUGAGACUAUAUCCGUUUCGUGUUGCUUCUCAGAUCACCGGUGUCAUCACGAUCAUGCUCCUAGCCAUCAAGUUUGAUGAGCAGAACUUGAAAAACCCGAUUGUCCGGGAGUCCGUUCCUUUGCUCGUGCGAAACCUUGAGGCUUUGCGGGAUAUCUAUCAACAUGGAUAUCUUGCUCCAGUUCUGUCUGAAGCACUUAACACCCUGAAGCUUACAGUUGCCGGGAGGCUCCCAAUUGUUAAGGCUAUGAUUACCGUCACCAAUCAAAUUCGUCGAGGUGAUCGACCUCGUGGCUCUAGGGGUCUCGCACCAGAUGGACCUGAGAUAGCAGAUACUUUUGGUAAACAGAAGAGUUCUAAGUUGCCUGUGGAGCCACUUGAACAGCGGCUUUUAGCUCUCGCGACGGAUAACUUGAUGGCAGGCUACUUACGAGGCCUCUCAGGGCACACUGUUAAUGGUGGCUUGAUCGCCGGGAUGGGGUUCGUCGACAAUGAUGAUGUUGAUAAUCAACAGAUUGGGACGGAAGACCUAGAAAAAGAGCAAGUAUAUUCUUGGUUGAUGAAAUCAGAGAGGUUGGCCGCUAAUAUGAUUGCUUCUGGUAGGCUUGAGAAGAUUCCAUACUCACAUGGACGUCACGGCGACAUCGAUAUCCGGCCGAACCCCGGCGGCAUAUUCAGUAUCGGGACUCGUAAAGAUGCAGCGAAGCCAAUGGUUUUUACCAACGACGCCGGCGACGCUUUGUUUCAGCGCUGGAAAGAAAGGGCUGCCGAUCCCGCAAAGCUGAACCUCGACUGGGGAAAACAUGCCAACGCCAACUCCAUGAAAGAUUUCCUUCAGUUGACUUUAACACUUUUUGUAUCUGCUUCCACAGAGACUCGACUCCAGUUUAUCUCGGAGUGUCUUUUAAAAGACGAGUAUCUGGGGAAACUAUGGGAGUGCCUCAAUGUCAAGUUGCCAACAGACGGCAUCAACCACCCCUCUCCAAAAUACAGCGACCACGUCUCGACCGUUAUUUGUAUAAUGUCGCACCCAGAUGUUGUCGGUCGUCGUGAGUUCCAUGCUGUUAGAAAGGAGCUGUCAGGGAUGUUUGUUUCCAUUCCUAAUUACCUUUACGGUAUCUUGGAAUACAUGAAACUUCACUCCAGAAGCAAAUCUAAGAACACAGAAAUGAUUGAAGCGUGCGUCAAAGGCAUUGUUCUCAUUCUUGAAGGUGUUUUCAAGUUGACUGAUCCCCGGAAUAUUCCCAUGGAGUUUCGCUAUGAGGCCAAGGAGUUCGUGAAGUUUGCGAUCUCUGUAGAGAAUAUUAUUCCUUGGGCUAACAGGACCGAUUCAUUGACAACUGAAGCAGUCCAGAGUUUCAUGAGAGCGGAUGAAAAGCUCUUCCCUGAGUCGAACCCACCUAAAAUUUGCAGUGAUCGCCAAAGGGAUCGAGCCCGAGAACAAGCUCUUAUUGAUAGAGGGACUAAGAGGGGAGAUAUAACUGCAAACGAGAUAAACGAGAAAGUCAACGAUCGCGUCAAAUCUGGGCACAUUGUAAUACCAGUGGACUCGUACCUUGAUGAGAACAAAGAGGCGGUUAAGAAAGUUUCUCGGCAAGAAAGACAGCUCAACAGUCGCCAGAAAGAUCACGAAGAGGGCUGGGAUGAUGGAACACCCAUUAUCCAUCGAACCGAACAUGAUCCUCAAGAUAGAAAAGUACCCACUGGGGAGGUAAAAGAGGAGUUUGAGAAAGAAGCACAACCUAUGAAUGAUACCGAAGCUUUGCAGUAUCUUCAGAAGAUUAAAUGGGGAUCUGAAAAAGAGAAGGUGCUGGAGGCCGAAUCCAGGACCCUACUUCAUGAUCGUGCUCCUCUCAGAGAAAGGGGCUUCGCGGUUGUCGACCAAACUGACAAUGUUAACACUUUUGAGAAACAAAAGAAACAGCGAUCAGUCAUGGAUGAACAGCCCUUCCGUAAUAACGGGGGCUCGGUCCUUGAUGGAAACCAGCCCGCUGGUGUGAAAACAUGCUCUCGGUUCCCAAAACAAGGUCCGAGCCAAGAACCCAGGGACGAUAAAUGCUCUGGCGACUCUGAUUUCUCAGGGUCGCCACCAAACUGUGGGUCGGUGUUGACUUACAUGUCAAAACGGGGGACAUCAGUCCCGCUAGAUGAAUCCGUCCUUCAACGACUCUACGAGUUCCAAACCGCAGUUCAAAUAAUCCCGCAAGAGGCUGAAAACCAAGAUUUGGAGCGUGGUAGGUACGCUGAAGAAGCUGCGUCGUUGCGGAAUAACGCACAUGCGCAUCAAACAGAUCUUUGGGAAGAGGCUGGAACUGAGUCGCAGCCGCGAUCUACUGAGUCUGUAGAGAUUGAAUCAGGCGGAGAAUAUAUCAGCGUCUCAGAGCCAUUAGCUCCACACGCGAAUGGUGUGAAGUUUGGCCCCCGUCCCCGAGAUAAGGCUACUGCCGACUAUUAUCGGGCUAUCCACGGGACUGGGUAUCCCAAGUUCCAUCUUGAUGAUCCCAACAAAACCUCAAAGCCAGCCACAAUAAAUCCCUCGCCAAGAACACAAACUGAGGGUGAUGGUCAAGAAAAGGACAGAAAAUAUCAUGGGUGUCGGAUCGACAUGCAAGUGCCUGGCACGCACCAUAAAAGCUUGUCCCCACGAGUACAUCGAGGUUCUAGUGAGGCGCAUCAUGCCCACUCAGCCGAGGAGCAUUUGGCAGAAAAUGGAAGCCAGGUCCAAAGCUUAGAUGUAGAGCAAAUGAUGAGUCCACCAGCUGAAGCAGAACAUACCGCUGAUUGCCAGAAAAGAAUUGGAAGAGAGCUAGCGGAGAAUCAGUCGGCUGGUGCAGAAAAAAAGGAGCUUCAGCCAACGCUCGUGGAUAUUAAGCAUCCCAAAAUAGGGUCUGCAACGGCACCACCAGUUGGGACCACUCCCAAACAAGAAAUUUCCCAGGGUAAAAAUAAUAACGGUUCCGCCAUCCUGAAUUGCGACGACAAUUGGGUUUCUUUGCCACCCCGUCCACUAGCGACAAGCAACAAGGAUCAAAUUGUUUGGCCAAACCCUCAGCUGGAAGCCGCGGAAGCGGAGCGCGGGCGACCCAUUGGUCGUCUCACUAGCCACCACGACCAGGACUUUCUCCCUCGUCGUUUGUCAGAGAUACGAAAUCCGAAUGAACUCAAAGAAUACCUUCCUUGUGGUCAUACCCGAGGUUUGAACCGCAAUGAAAGCUACUGCAACGAGAGGGUUAGCAAGAAAACACCCUACUGUGGCCACGAAGCUAACGUGGAGUGUUCAAAUCCGAUGAGGCGUUGGCAAUGCAAGACUGUUUGUGGAGCACCUCUCCCUUGCUCCCAUUAUUGCAAAAGGGAGUGUUUUCAGUGCCUCUAUGAAAUCAAGAUCGACAAUACUCCAGUCUGGAAUCACAACCCUUGCCAGACUUGCAUGAAGAUUCAUGCUGCAGAGGAGAAAAGAAGGAGGCUAGGAGGGAACAGGAAGAAAACCAACGCGACCAACGUCGCUGACCGUGCGCAAGCAUUAGAAUAA